AGGAUCAAUUUUUAGUUCGAAUAAAAUAUUGUUUUUUAUCAUAAUUUGAAAAAAAAAUUGUGGAUAGCUUAUUUUCGAUACACUCCUUAUGAGUUGUUCUCAAAUAUCAUAAAUCAAAGAAGCAUUAAAUAAUUAUUGCGUUGAUUACACUAGAAAUUUGUUAAACUUCAUCAGCCGAAUUCGAUGUUGCCCCGCUUGAAUGCUGUGCCACUGACAGUUGUCAUCAAUUCCAAUUAGGUAAAAAGAUUGCGCCUAAUAUUUCGAUGCUAACUUGUACUCACCGAACGGGGGUUCCGUAGCUCAAGUGACAAGUCGCAAUCUAUUUAAUCUAACAACAGCCGAAACCGUUUUUUCUGUGAUAUUAAUUUGCUCGAAUAGAAAUCGCAAUGGUACUGAAUCUCGAAACCUAAUAACGGCAUUGCGAACGACUGCGAACUUGAGACAACUGAUCAAAAGAGAAUUGUUCUACACUCAAAAACGAUAUCGACAAGUUUAAAGUAAAAUCCAAGCAUUGUCUAGCAAAUACGGAGUAGCAGUUGCCAUUUUCUUCCUCCUUCCGGAAUUGAACUGCAAUCUUCACUGCCGAAGCAAAUCAGUACCAACAACUCGAUGUAGGUCAGACUGUUGCAGUUCCAUCAACGGCGAAAAACAUCAACAAAACAGAACAUGACCUGGUGAACGACGAUCGGUAACGGGGGCCCGCUCGCCUUCUUCUUCUUCCUCCAGUUGGCCCGCAUAGAAUUUAACGAGCGGCAAAUUAGCGCGCACCGCACGGUACCGUACAGUUUGUUUAUUACCUAUUCGGUGGAACCAUCCUUCCCCUGCCGUACUUGAAACGGGCAGGAAUGGGACGAUGGAGGCUACACCAAACACCGGACCGUGGCGCAGUUCCGCGCUCGCUGCAGAUUGCGAUCGGGGUAGUGCUUGGAACUCAAGUGGUGGCCCGCCUGGGGCUUGGAUCGAUCAUAAUCAUUCUGCGGUUUGUAUGUGCAUCUCGUCGAGUAAAGAGUAAACAUCAAGUGGUUUGGGGUUUUUUUUUACCAUUUACUAUCUACAAUAGAACACCCUCGAGGAAAGAAAUCGGAUUUUCACGGCACCGCUGAGUAGUUGCUGUUUGUUUACACAUUCCAAGUCCAACUCGUGGUGGCGGUUCGAAAGUUGCCACCAGUUGGCAACUUGGUGGUGUGGGAAUAUUGUUUUGUUGUUUUGAGCUACUUGACUUUUGAAGCACAGGUCACUGGAUGAGUAUGCCAUGAAAAAAACGCGUACCAUCUGGCCCAUCGUAGUGUGUUCGUGUGCAGGUGUGUUACAUGAACGUCAAAUCUAUUAUUAUUAUUUUUUUUCUGUCGGACGGCGAAGCAACCUUUCACUGAACAGCGGCUAUCCGGAUGUCCAUCAAUCUCAUCCGUCACGCCUAUCAUCUAUCGUUAUUUUUUCGGGUUUACGUUUUAGGUUGAUAGUUAAGUUACACUUUGGUUUUCCUCGGUUUCCACCAGAGUACGCAAGUGUUAUAUGAACUCUGCCUUCCUUCGGUUACGAAACCCCGGUCAGAGAUGAGUCGUGAACCGUCAAAUCGUGAUUGUAUCUGGGAUUACAUGAAAAGAUAAUCAAUAAUUAUUUUUGCACACCGCGGGCUCCGCCGGUGAAGUUCGAACCAAUAAUGCCGACGUCGGAGGGGUUGUGCACUGAAUAAUUCAUCUCAUCUUGGUCGGUCGACCGAUGGGCUUUCUCCUGCAAUUACGGUUGCAUUUUCCUGUGACCAACUGGGGCGUUAGGUAAUUUUUUGAUUUCAGUAGGACAGUUUGCUUACCUAACACCAGCGGAGGAUCAGUGGACUCUGCGUGGAAGCGGCAAUGUCCGAUUGGCAUUUGUCAUUAUUAUUUCGUCGCGGAUCCACCGAGAGCUGUGAAAUUCGAAUCAAAUCGAUUUGUUGCUCGAGCAGCAGCAGCAGCAGCCGCCAUUGCAUCACAUCAGAAAAAACAAGAACUGCAAAACUGCAUUCCUUCGGAGCGGAGUUUUUCUUUCGAGUUUUCACUCUCAUUAUCGUUCAUCGUCGCGACUUGCGACUGCAGUUGCGACCCAAAAAAGAAAACCUCCCACGUGCUUGCAGACGUUUAAUUGAUAAUAAAGCCAACAAAGAGGGACCGAUUGCGGCAACAACGAGUCGCACGUUGCACCGCGCGAUGGUGACGUGACGAGACGCGAUCGAGAGAUGAAGAAGCGCCAUUAUGUAAAUUUUGACACGAAACCGAGGCUUUUUUUGCGGGAUUCCCACAUUUUCCGAGAUAGACGACUUGACGUGUUCUCACCGCCGUUUUGCAACCGCGCAUCAGACUGCAGUCACGCAGAGCUUUCGUUUUCAAAGCCUACUAACAUCGAGGUUGAAGCAGGAAUUCCGUCUACCAAUGCGAUUUUAAGGUUAGAUUUUAUAUAGGAAAUGAAAAUUGAUCAAUUUCAAAUUCAAGGAAUUAGGGUUAUCCGACGAUUGGCGAUGCUAGGUUCUAGUACUGGUACGAUAAGGCACUUCAACAUGCAAGCAAAUGUUUACUCAAGCGGAACAGGCCGAGCUUUGAAUCCAUCGAUUAAUCAACCAUUUAGUCUGACCGACUUAGUUACCAUGUGUGAAUAAAACCACUGACCGACGGUAGAUCCGCAGUUUGUAGUGUUUCGGAAGUACUAGCGUCAACAUCGAGUUAAAGUUCUAACCAGUUGGCGAUCGAUAACGAUGGGUGGAAUCGUGUCGCGAGUGUUCCGUGGUCAUCCGGACCAAAGCUGCGUCAAGUGUCAGCGUUCCUGCUGCGUCUGCCUGGAUGCGAAUCUGGAAUUUACCCAGCAACGACUGUGGCGCCUAGAGGAACGUGAUCGCCGCCGAAGUCGCAUACUACCGUACGAUCUAACGGAGGAUGAUGAAGAUUUGCUCCCGCAACCACGCAGACAAAGAACCAUUCGGAGAAACCGAACCCAACAACAGGCAAACGACAAUGAACAAGAGGAAGAAGAACCUCAACAGCAACCAAGAAGACAGCAAACUAUGAGACGCCGACAACAGCAGCGACCGCAACAACAACGACAACAGCAACAGGAAGAAGAAGAAGAACCCGAGGAAGAACAAGAACAGCAGCAACCACGUAGAAGACCGGCUCAACAACGAAGACAACGCCAGCAGCAACAGGAAGAACCCGAGGAAGAGGAGGAAGAGGAACAAGAGCCGCAACCACGUCGACAGCCUCGACGUCGACAACAACAGCAGAAUCAACAGCAAGAGGAAAACGAGGGUGAAGAAGAGGAACAACCACAGCAACCGCGUCGACAGCAACGUAACCAACGUCGACAACAACAACGACAAAAUCAACAACAGGAAGAAAACGAGGACGAAGAAGAGGAACAACAACCACCGCGACGCAGACAGCAACGCAACCAGCGUCGUCAACAACAGCAACAGAACGAAAACGAGGACGAAGAGGAAGAACAGCAGCCUCCUCGGCGGCAACAAACUCAGCGAAGAAAUCGUCGUCGUCAACAACAGAACCAAGAGGAAGAACCAGAAGAGGAAGAGGAACAACCAGCACCCAGACGGAAUCGUCAGCAACCUCGACGACGACAACAACGUAGACAGCGUCAGGAAAACGACAACGAAGAGGACGAACAGGAGGAUCAGGAGGAAGAACAGCCCAAUCGAAGAGCUGGACGACGUCGAUCUCAGCGUCGUAACCAGCGCCGAAAUCGUAACGAACAGGAACAAGAAAAUAACGACGUAGAUGAUGAUGAUGACGAGGAAACCGAAGAAGAAAGUGAACCCCGUCGAACGCGUCGCCGAGGUUCGCAACGUCGUCGUCAGCGCGAUCGCAGUGACGACUCAGACGAUGAUGUUGAUGAUGAUGACAACGAUCGGAUUGCAAGGCGUCGCGAACGCCGUUGGGAGAGACGUAAUAAGCGAAAACUCGAUCGGGAACACUGCUUUCCUCCACAGGAACUUUGCCGGCACGGUUCUCUUCGCCGGGAGGCGGUACCAAUGGUGCCGCAACCUCGCGACCCGGAACCUCCGGUCGCGCAUGGACCAAAUGUUCGCCGAAUGGUCGCUUGCUACGAAAUGAUGCGUUCCGAUAUUAGCGAAAGUGAUUCACAGUCACUGCAAAAUUUGAUCUGCGCCGUCGAUGACCACCCGAUGCGGGAUUCCGUUCGCCGCAAAGAGCGUUGCUGUAAAAAUUUGUUCUUUUUUUUCCCGAAAAUGACACGAAUUGAAUUUUACUAAUCGAAACUUUCUUUCUC